AUGCCUUCUGCGACAGACGCACCUGCGCCCCUCUCCAAUGGAGUGCCCAAGAUUGAUCUUCAAGAGAGCAGCACGUCCACACCCGGAUCAGACAAUAUGAUCUCUGCCAACGACAACAUCCGUCGCUUUGAUCCUCCUUCAAGGGUGUUGAGCCCUGCACAACAUGCUCUCUUCCAUAACAAGACAAGAUGUUUUGUCUAUGGUAUGCAGCCAAAGGCUGUCCAGGGCAUGCUCGAUUUCGACUUUAUCUGCAAGCGCACGACGCCAUCGGUUGCCGGUAUCAUCUACACUUUUGGCGGUCAAUUCGUCAGCAAGAUGUACUGGGGAACUAGCGAGACCCUCCUACCAGUAUACCAGUCCGUUGAAAAAGCGUUCGAGAAACACCCCGAUGUUGACACAGUGGUGAACUUCGCCUCCUCUAGAUCGGUGUACAGCUCAACCAUGGAGUUGAUGAACUACCCGCAAGUUCGCUCGAUCGCCAUCAUUGCUGAAGGUGUGCCCGAGCGACGCGCCCGAGAGAUCAUGGUCAAGUCGAAAGAGAAGGGAAUCACCAUCAUUGGUCCGGCCACGGUCGGUGGUAUCAAACCAGGUGCCUUCAAGAUUGGAAAUACUGGCGGCAUGAUGGACAACAUUGUUGCUUCGAAAUUGUAUCGCCCAGGUUCGGUCGGCUACGUCUCCAAAUCCGGCGGUAUGUCCAACGAGCUGAACAACAUUAUCGCCCAAAACACGGAUGGCGUCUACGAAGGUAUUGCCAUUGGUGGUGACAGAUACCCUGGUACCUCCUUCAUCGACCACUUGAUGCGAUACCAGAAUGAGCCAGGAUGCAAGAUCCUGCUGCUCCUGGGUGAGGUCGGUGGUGUUGAAGAAUACAGGGUUAUUGAGGCGGUGAAGAAGGGCCAGAUCACCAAGCCCAUCGUCGCAUGGGCCAUCGGUACCUGCGCUAGCAUGUUCAAGACCGAAGUACAGUUCGGUCACGCUGGCGCCUCCGCUAACUCUCAACUUGAGACGGCCGUGGUCAAGAAUCAGUCGAUGAGAGAAGCAGGCUUUUUCGUCCCAGAGACCUUUGAGGAGAUGCCACAACUGUUGGCCGAGGUCUACCAGAAGCUCGUCAAGCAAGGGACCAUCAAGCCAGCUCCCGAGCCAUCUCCACCAAAGAUCCCCAUGGAUUACGCCUGGGCUCAAGAACUCGGUCUGAUUCGAAAGCCUGCGGCCUUUAUCUCCACGAUUUCCGACGACAGAGGCCAGGAGUUGCUGUAUGCCGGUAUGCCCAUAUCGGAUGUCUUCAAGGAGGAUAUCGGUAUCGGCGGUGUCAUGUCUCUCCUGUGGUUCCGUCGCCGACUCCCUCCCUACGCCAGCAAAUUCUUGGAAAUGGUUCUGAUGUUGACUGCCGACCACGGUCCGGCCGUGUCUGGUGCCAUGAACACCAUCAUCACCACUCGUGCCGGCAAGGAUCUGAUCUCCUCUCUCGUUGCUGGUCUCUUGACGAUCGGUUCCCGCUUCGGUGGUGCCCUUGAUGGUGCUGCUGAAGAGUUUGGCAAGGCUUUCGACAAGGGCUGGUCGCCGCGUGAGUUCGUCGACAACAUGAGGAAAGAGAACAAACUGAUCCCCGGUAUUGGUCACCGAAUCAAGUCUCGAAAUAACCCCGAUCUCCGUGUGGAACUAGUCAAGGAAUAUGUUAUGAAGAACUUCCCCUCUCACAAACUGCUUGACUAUGCCAUCGCCGUGGAGACAGUGACGACGUCCAAGAAGGACAAUCUCAUUCUGAACGUUGACGGAGCGGUUGCUGUUAGUUUUGUCGACCUAAUGAGAAGUUCUGGUGUAUUCUCUGCCGAGGAAGCGGAAGAUUACAUGAAGAUGGGUGUCCUCAACGGACUGUUCGUGCUGGGCCGUUCGAUUGGUCUUAUUGCCCAUUAUCUUGAUCAGAAACGUCUUCGCACCGGUCUCUACAGGUUUGUUGUCCCGGUCCAGUAUUUAUGA